ACGGAGCCGCCAGCGUUAACGAAAAGUCGAGGGACGUUGUAGCCGUUGAAUGCGCUUUAUUGCCUCCCGGCUGGUUUGCAAAUAUGCUACAACGUCGCUGCGGUUAUCUGCUAUUAUGCUAGCCUAGCGGCUCGGUGAAGGGAACUACCCCAGAUUCAGAGCAGACAGGAGACGUCAUCAACAUUUUCCUGUAUUUAAAUGGUUGCGUACGAAGAGGUCAUUGCUGAAAAAGGAAGAUUAUUCGGAUUAAGAAGACGGUGUAAGCCAAAAGUCAACUGAAGAUUUACUGGGUGUCCUAAAUGGGGGACUACGGGUUUGGAGUUCUGGUGAAGAACAGCAGCGGUAACAAAUCUGCUUUCCCUGUAAGGAUCCCACCUCACCUCCAACCCCAGCACCCUCACCACCCCUCCAACCCCCCUAGCCCCCCUUCCUUCGUAAACAACACCUGCUCUACAAAUGGGGGCAGUGCUUGGCUGUUCCCUACCGUAGCCCAACACAGUAACAUGCAAGAUGAGAUUCUGGAGUCAGACAAGUCCAAAGCCUUGGACCUCCAGGACAUGCAGGAAAAGUCUCAGGUCCAGACCCAGCCUCAGGCCCUGUCUCCAGGGCAGCAGGAGGCUGGGGGAGGCCUAGGAGAGCUUGAGGGAGCUCUUCCUGAAGAUGGUUCACUGGAGAAAGGUUCUUUGGAGAGCAGCGGUGGUAAGGAGAAAUUGAGGAUGGAGUCCCCAGUGUUAGGUGGAUUUGACUACCAGGACAGCCUGGGAAUGGGUACGAGCUGCGCACAGUCCACCUCCUCCUCAUCCUCACUGACCAGCUUCAACAACUGGUCCCCUGCUGUCCCAUCCACCCAGUCUCCAGUGGUCGGGGAAGACGUCGGAGGGUUCUUUGGCCCGGCUGGCUCCAACGCCAACGGACCUCCCUUGCUGUUCCAGAACUUCUCUCACCAUGCUGGCCCAGGCUUUGGGGCUGGGGGUAGUUUCUCCCCACAGAUUGGACCGGUCUCCCAGCACCACGCACCCACACCUCACCCUCAGCACUACCACCCCCACGGUCAGGGGGUCCCUCAGCAGCAUCGCCGCUCCCCAGCUAGCCCUCAUCCACCCCAGCCCUCCUUCCCUCCGCAUCCUCAUCGCACUGGACCGUUCACCCAGCUGCCCCACCUCACCCCUGCCCAGAACAAACCCCCUUCACCUUGGGGAAGCUACCAGAGUCCCUCCACUCCUACAUCCACCUCCUGGAGCCCCGGUGGGUAUGGCGGAUGGGGAGGCACACAGGGGGUUCGAGAGUAUCGGCGUGGGGUAGGUGGAGGCAUGACGGGCCUUAACUCUAUCUCCCCUCUAAAGAAGUCCUUCCCCAACAACCAGGUUCCCUCUCAGAAGUUCCCCAGAAAUAGCUCUGGCUUCAAUCACAAGGGCUGGGUGGAGGACAGUAUGAGCCGCAGUGACAGCAUCUACCCUUUCCAGCAGGAGAGAACACGGUCCUUUGAUGGUUUCAGUAUGCACUCUCUGGAGAACUCACUGAUUGACAUUAUGAGGGCUGAGCAGGAUUCCUUGAAAGGACGUUACAGCUUCUCUCACCAGGGUGGAGACGGGCCUCUACCUAUGAAUGCAAGAAGUUAUGGCAGAAGACGAGGUCAUUCCUCUCUGUUCCCCAUGGAGGACGAGCGCUCUUUUGGAGAGGACGAGUCCUGUGACCAGGGGCUUCCUGGCCUUGGAUCAGCCCACUGUUUCCCCCACCUCAAUGGUGAACGUGUGGAACGAUAUUCUCGCAAGGUGUUUGUUGGAGGGCUGCCCCCAGACAUAGAUGAAGAUGAAAUCACUGCCAGUUUCCGUCGAUUUGGUCAUUUGUUUGUUGACUGGCCUCACAAGGCAGAGAGCAAGUCCUAUUUUCCACCAAAAGGAUAUGCAUUCCUGCUGUUCCAAGACGAGAGCUCUGUUCAGGCCCUGAUUGAUGCCUGCAUUCAGGAGGAUGGCAAGCUUUACCUGUGUGUCUCCAGCCCCACCAUCAAAGACAAGCCUGUCCAGAUCCGGCCCUGGAACCUAAAUGACAGCGAUUUUGUUAUGGAUGGCUCUCAGCCAUUGGACCCGAGGAAGACUAUCUUUGUAGGAGGUGUUCCUCGUCCCUUACGUGCAGUGGAGCUUGCCAUGAUCAUGGACCGUCUGUAUGGGGGAGUGUGUUACGCUGGGAUUGACACAGACCCUGAACUCAAGUAUCCAAAAGGGGCGGGGCGAGUGGCCUUCUCCAAUCAGCAAAGCUACAUUGCAGCCAUUAGUGCCCGAUUUGUUCAGCUGCAGCAUGGGGAGAUUGAUAAACGGGUGGAAGUGAAGCCAUAUGUCUUGGACGACCAGCUGUGUGAUGAGUGCCAGGGCACCCGCUGUGGAGGGAAGUUUGCUCCUUUCUUCUGCGCCAACGUGACCUGUCUGCAGUAUUACUGUGAGUACUGCUGGGCAGCCAUCCACUCCCGGGCCGGCCGCGAGUUCCACAAGCCGCUGGUGAAGGAGGGAGGGGACCGACCACGACACAUCUCCUUCCGCUGGAACUGAGGCGAGAGGGCAAGGCAGGAUCGGGGGAGGGACUGAGAAAGGGGUAGUUAGGGAAGGGGUUUGGGUUAUGAUAUGAAAAAUAAAUGCACUUUUCUUUUAAGUUAAAAAGAAUAAUUUAUUUUUUAUUUUUAUUUUUUUUUAAUUGGGCCUUCUAAAAGAAGUAAAUGCUAAGAAGAGAGUGAAAUCCCAUUUAUGUUUUGACUUUAAGUGUGCAUGAGCAUAUGGAUGCAUUAGAUUUGGAUUUAGACGUUUUCUGACUUGACUGUACUUUCUUUUCGUGUUAGCUGGCAAAGCUGCUUACAUUUGUUGUCAAGAGUAACAUAAAAUUUAAGUGAGGUUCAUCAUACCUAAAUCAGUAUACUAACUAUGGAAGUUGAGUUUAAGAAGGGUGCAUUUUCUUACUUUUUGCUUGCAGGAUUAGAGAACAACUGUACCAUUUACCAAAGGUUGAGUGCAAAUGGUUGGGUUGAACAGAGGAGAAACACCGUUUCAGAUGGUUGGACGACUGAGUUUUUCAAACAGCUCAGUGUAUAGUAUCUGGCCACGUCAAAAAAAACAAAAACAAAAAAAAAAACAACAACAAAA